AUGGAGGAAUUACCCGGCUCACGAGAUGUCUUCGGGCAACUGCCCCGACUGAAGGGAUACACCCAUCUUGCUUUAUGUUUCCACUAUCCCGACACAAAGCCCCGAGAAUCAGCCGUCGAGUCCCUGCAAAAGGCCUGUCGGCGAUUAACAACAGCCUUGCCCUGGCUAGCGGGCAGAGUCGUCAACCGUGACGCCAGUCCUGGAUGUUCUGGUGUUUUCACCAUCUAUACAUGCACCGAAACUGAAGCCAUCCUUAAAGUCCAGGAUCGGUCUGAUGUGUGUCCUUCCUACGACGAUAUCAUCCGUACCAACGGAUCAAGCGAUAUGCUGGAUUGUUCGCUGCUAUCAGCCGAGACAACCCUGCCAGACAGCUACGAGGAUGAAUCUGCGUCUGUCCUGACUCUGACAGCCACAUGGAUUAAAAGUGGCAUCAUUCUCGACUGUGCCGCCCAGCAUAAUAUCUUCGACAUGGGCGGCAUGGAUCAAUUCCUUCGGCUUCUGGCCACAUCCCUUCAAAACGGCGAUCUUCCACAACCUGCCAUCGAGAUCAAUAACCGGGACCGCAGGUCCAUAUUCCCUCUUCUGGGCCAGGACGAGAUCCAGUAUGAACAUACCGCAAUGCGCUGUCCGUCUGCUCUGAAUAAACCGUUGCGGCCUCCACCGCCGCCAGGCCCUCGUCCGACAUUCCAACACUUUCGCUUCAGCGCAGCAAGUCUCGGGUCUAUUACAGAGAUGUGUAAUACGCCGUCAAUGGACGAUGCACUAAGUGCCUUUGUGUGGAAACGUCUCAGCACAGUCCGCCUCCAUCUCUAUAACAAGCCAGGCGCCGUAACCGGGUUCUCCCGCGCAGUGGACUGUAGACGCACCUUGAAUGUCCCGACACAGUACAUGGGACAACUCGCUGUGAAAACAUUCUCGGCAAUGACUCUCCGCAAAGUAGAGGAAUCAUCUCUUGAGACAGUGGCAGCAUAUCUCCGGAAAGACCUUCAAAAGAUCCGAGACCAGAACUUCCUGCGCAGUCUGGCAACGCUCAUCGACUCGGAGCCCGAUAAGAGUACGUUCAAUUAUGUGCAAGGCUUUAAUCCGGAUACCUGGAUCAAUGCGUCUUCUUGGGCAGGCGUCAGUGCCUACACUCUGGAAUUUGGUCUCCUGGGUAAGCCGGCCGUUAUUCGCCGGCCAACCUCCAAACCUGUCCAAAGCCUUCUUUACUUCUUGCCACGAAUGGAGCAGGGCGAUAUUGACGUUUUGCUUUGUCUGCGUGAUGAAGAGAUAUUGAUGUUGAAGAAGGAUGAGGAGUGGUCGAAGUAUGCACUGUAUAUUGGUUGA